AGGAGUGUUUGACGUCAGAAGCUUAGGAGGGGCUGCUCCGCGGAGCUGGCUGCUGAUGGUGGUGCUGAAACAACGCCUGUGUCGUGUUGUCAUUGAGCGAAUUGUCUGCCUCGGCGGUCCUCUCGUCUCCUCCUCCUCGAACAUGCCUCUUUAGUGCGAGUCCCUCACACCUGAGUUGGUGUCGGACAUGCCGUUUUAGCGGACUUGUGCGAUGGAUCAGUAGUGUUGUGUUCUGGCAGGAGCAGUAUGGACUCGCUGUGCCGUCCCAUUCUCGUCGCUGCAUUGGCGGCCAGCCUCUGCUCCUCACCUGCCCUCGCGGACAGGAAAUUCGGCUGUUUGUUUGAAGAUGAGCUCUGUGCACCGUAUGAGUUCUGCGUCAAUGAUGGGGUGUUUGGAAGGUGCCAAGAUUUGGCCAGUGCACACGUGUACACAUAUGAUAUUUCUCCCUCUGCUCUGCAACGCCUCAGGAUCCUCCUACAGAAAAUGGCUCACAGAGGUCUGACAUGGCAGGAUGACAUCACUCAGCAGGUUAUCUCUAGAGAGCUCUCCAAACUGAGGAAUGUCCCACUCCGCCAUCAAGCCACACCUCUGCGCCCCCCUGACCGCCUUAUUUCAUACAGCAGCAGAAACCUUCAGCAAUAUCUGACGGGUCUAGGCUUCUUGCCUCAGGCCAAGGUAGAUGGACAACCAGGAGUCCAACGAGAGGGAACCAAUGUUCAGAAUGAAGACUUCAGGUCUGAUGGCCAUUCGGAACCCAGCUGGCCAAAACCCCAGAAGGGCUGGAAGGAAACCACUGUCUACAGCCUUCAGGAAGGAGCUGGUCAACCUCCUGUUACCAAAGUCUUUACCCAGAGUGGUGAGGGCAGGCACCCGAAGCUUAGUACAACGUACUCCAACCAAGACCCAGGAAGGAGCAAGCUGCUUUCCAGUCAUGUAGAGCGGCUUCUUGCAGGGGCACCAGGCACUCAGCAGGGCUCCCUGGGUAGAGAGGGUCCUUGGCCUAAAAAACUCCAUUACCUUAGCUACAUCCAUCCAGCUCAGAGUGAACACGCAAAGCUGCCGUCUCAGGAGGCUUUUGGCUCCAAACCCCAGAGGCCUAAUCUAGACCGACUGCUGGUCAAGGCUGGUUCAAACCGACUGACUGCCAAAGAACCUCUUAGUGUCAUGGAUGAGCGAUUCAUCCAGAAUGUGGCAAAUCAGCUUGGAAGGCACAGCAUCAACAUGAAGACUUUAAUGGGUACAGACCUGGACCAGUUGGCUGGGGUCAUCUCUGGAGUUAUGCAGGAGGUCGAUGAGGUUCAGCCGGCAGUUGGAGCCAAGGCAGGACUGGGAGUUACUGACUCGAGGGGGGAUAUGGAUGGUAUCAGGGGGCCACUGACAGCCAUGCAACUGAAUCAAGACCAGGACCUGAAAUCAGAUGAAGGGCAGGAUCCAAACCAAAAAGAAACACUGACAAUGAAACAGCAAGGCCAGCAAAUAGACAGUGAAGACAAAGAGCCCGUUGACAAGCAUGCAGUGUUCUUCUCCAAGCUGCUGGACUACCUCAACCUGGAGCCCUUCGGUGACGCUCAGGAGAUCAGCAUUGGACCACCAGCUCCCCUCCAGAAAAUGGUCGGACUAGAGAACGUCCAGAGCCGGACAAUGCAGGGCCAGGUUCCUGCACCCCAUCGCUGGGAGGAGAAGUCUGUGACUGUGCCUGCAAAGGAAGGCUCCACCCUGCGGUUAACUGGUGGUGCAGAAGGCCCUGACACACAGGUGGACUCUGAGAUUGAGAGAUGGAUGCAGGGGAUUCAGUCCCCAGCAGGGAAGAUGCAGCUGGAGGAGCCACAGAAGAAGGACAUGAAAGUCAAAACUCAGCUUGUCCAUGUUGGGGUGAAGGAGUAUUCCAGCAGAGGGAAGGACAGACACUUUGGCUACAUUAUCACUGGAUCAGACUCCCUCACCACUGACCAAGGCUUGGACCUAAUGGAGCGACUGGCGCAACGGCUGAACCUCCACACCGCAGACCUCACCCAGCUCUCUGUCCUAGGUCCUGCCUUGACUUUUAGAGUUGGAGCCAACUCCAAGAACGUGACCACUGCAGAUCUGGUUGAAGUUGCGGUGCAACAGAAGCAGACGCUGGAGAAGGAGACAGGCAUGAAGAUAGUGGAGGCUGGCGUUAGUGAUAGAGGCAGCCUGACCCAGAUCCCCGUGGUGAAGGAGACCAGGGUGGAGUCGGGCCAGUUCCUGCUGCUCUCCGUCCUCUGCAUGCUCUUCAUCCUGGUGGUGCUGGCCGUGUCCACCACUUUCUUCUGUGUGCGCCAGCACUCACACCUCCACAUGAAGGAGAAGCUGGCCAGCCUGGGGACUGACACCAGUACUGAUGCCACCGCAACCUAUCAGGAGCUGUGUCGCCAGCGUAUGGCGAUCCGAACAUCUGAGCGCGUUGAACGGCCGGAGACCCUGCGGCACUCGCGGCUCAACAGUGUGUCCUCCCAGUUCAGCGAUGGCCCUGCGUGUAGCCCGUCGACCCGCAGCAGCACCUCCUCCUGGUGCGAAGAGCCUGUGCCAUCUAACAUGGACAUCUCCACUGGUCACAUGAUACUAUCAUACAUGGAGGACCACCUGAAGAACAAGAACCGUCUGGAGCAUGAGUGGGAGGCCCUGUGCUCCUACCAGGCAGAGCCCAGCGCCUGCAGUGUGGGACAAGGCGAGCAGAACUCCAAGAGGAACCUCUCAGAUGCCGUGGUCGUAUACGACCAUUCCAGGAUCACCUUGAAAGCAGAGAACAACCACGGCAACUCAGAUUACAUCAAUGCCAGUCCAAUAAUGGACCAUGACCCUCGCAACCCUACUUACAUCGCCUCGCAGGGCCCACUUCCUUCCACCGUGGCAGACUUCUGGCAGAUGGUGUGGGAGAGCGGCUGUGUUGUUGUCGUCAUGCUAACCCCACUGUCUGAAAAUGGAGUGAGGCAGUGUCACCACUACUGGCCUGACGAAGGAUCCGAUGUCUACCACAUAUAUGAGGUCAACUUGGUGUCCGAGCACAUCUGGUGUGAGGACUUCCUGGUGCGAAGCUUCUACCUGAAGAAUCUACAGACCAAUGAGACACGCACCGUCACCCAGUUCCACUUCCUGUCCUGGAUGGACCGUGGGAUCCCCAACUCGGCCAGGACGCUAUUAGACUUCCGCAGAAAGGUUAACAAGUGCUACCGGGGUCGAUCUUGCCCAAUAAUUGUUCACUGCAGUGAUGGAGCUGGCAGGAGUGGGACUUACAUUCUGAUUGACAUGGUCCUCAAUAGGAUGGCAAAAGGUGCUAAAGAGAUUGAUAUUGCCGCUACCCUGGAGCACUUGAGAGACCAGAGAGCUGGCAUGGUCCAGACAAAGGAGCAGUUUGAGUUUGCCCUGACAGCCGUGGCAGAGGAGGUGAAUGCCAUCCUGAAAGCGCUUCCUCAGUGAAGGCAUCGUCCCCCCCCACACACACAUUUUUCUCGCUUGCUGAGCACCGGUUUCCUCUGCCCACUCAAGACUGACAUCUCUUCCUGCCCUUCCUUCUCCUCGCUCUGUUUCUCUCUCUUCUGCCUCCUCUUCACCUCUAUAUAUACUCUAUACUUGUGAAUGUUGUGCCAGAUAUCUCACCUGGAUCCAUAUUUGCUUAUUUUGCCUCAGAGUACGACUGUGGAUCUGAGAUGUGUGUUGUUUGAGUGAUACAGGAGUAGGCAAGAUCAGAUCUUACUUGAUGGAGGGACUUGGAUCAGCACUCCUACUGUGAGACUCUCUGUUAAUAUGAUCCCUGGUCCUCCAUAACUGUGAUGUUGUUCCUGAACCUACCGUUCUAGUGCCACUGACGAAAUGUUUAAGUGAUGUCAAAUUAUUCUUGUUCCAAAUGAGCUAUCUACUGUCAAAAAACAAUACUGACACUUAUGAUAUAACUAUUUGUACAUUAAGAACAGACUGCAAGCUACAAAAUGUAAAAAGAAGAAAGAAAAGGUAUUUAUAAUCUUUCUGAGGCCAGAGUAAUUUCUUCAGUUUUGCUUAUUUUGUCUGACUAACAGUCUAGAAUUGGAAAUUAUCUAAUUCAAUGUCAUGUAUGACAGGUAAAAACAGCAUACUGUCAUAUUUGAGAAGCUGGAAAAAAAAUAAUGAAUCCACUAAUAUCAGCAGCUUUUAACUAGAGUAUAUUGAACUGUAAACUAAAUAAAGUUGAUGUCCUCUAAAAAAAAAUCAUAAAUCAUAAUACUGUACAGAAUGUAUAUCCAAAAUGAAAUGAUAGCUUUUUGGAAAUAAACGUUUCUCCUCCUCUAUGAUCUGAAUCGAAUACUAUAUACUCAGCAUCACUUGUAUAGAUGUUAAAGUGUAUGUGUAUUGUUGUAUCUCUGGUCCAGACAUCUUAGUCUUGUAUUGAACCACAGAUGCUCUGAUUCUUAAAAAGCCUCACAGAUCAUGAUAAUCACAACAUAUCAGGUGUUUUUUAUUCCUCUUUUCAUUGAGUUCACAUUUUGCAUCAUGAAUUGUUUGUUUCAUGAAUAUCUCUGUUAAUAUUAAAUGUGAACUUUACCAAAUGAGAUAGUAAUUCCUUCUAUUUAGAAAUAUUGCAUUCAUAUAUUGAUAAUAACAAUAUGAUAUAUUUAAGCAGAACUUAUAUUGGAGUUGUUGAUAAAUGUGUUAGUCCCUCCAUCACUGGUAUUGUGAUGUUUUACAACAUGAAAGAUUAUUCCCUCAAUGUAUAGAUGCUGAAUGACUUAAUGAAUACAUAUAUAAUAAUAUCUGAAAUAUAUAUACUGAGCCUUAAUGAGAACUAUAUAUUUUGUGUGAAAAGUAACAUUCAGAUUGAUAAUAAAUUCAAACACAAUAUACUG